CGGCUGAUGAGUUCAGACCAGAGCGGAGAGCCGCCGCUGCUGCAGGAGGAGGCUGAUCCCGGACCGAAGACCGGUGGGAAGGACGAGGCUCCGCUGGGGAGCGAGGGAGGGUCAGGCGGCAUGGUCACCUCGAAGGGUGCUGGUCUGAACCCAAAUGCCAAGGUGUGGCAGGAGAUGCCCGUGGCCCCCAGCGAGGCCGUCACCAGCAGCCCUCAUUGGCCUCCCUCGGACAUCAGUGAGGGUUACUCCGAGCCUUCGUCUGCUGGGUGCAAGCAGUACACCGAGGGAUUCCCGGCUCUGGCCCACAGCAGCCCCACAGCCACAGCUGAGAUAGCAGUAAACGGAAUGGACCCGCAAGAGUUGGGCUUUUCCCCUGCUGAGUCCACCACAGGGACCUCAGUAGAUUCCAAAGCUGAGGAACAGCCGAUCUCCUCCGAGAACCUGCGGGAGUCUCUGAAGAAAGAGCUGGAGUUUUACUUCUCCAGAGAAAACCUUUCCAAGGAUCUGUACCUCAUGUCGCAGAUGGACAGCGAUCAGUUUGUCCCUAUUUGGACUAUAGCUAGUAUGGAGGGUAUCAAGGUCCUCACCACUGACAUGGACCUCAUCCUGGAUGUGUUGAGAUCCUCUCCAAUGGUACAAGUGGAUGAAAAGGGGGAGAAGGUGCGUCCCAACCACAAGCGGUGCAUUAUCAUCUUAAGAGAAGUCCCUGAAACCACACCUGUUGAGGAAGUGGAGUCACUGUUCAAAAACGAAAACUGUCCAAAGGUUAUAAGUGUUGAGUUUGCGCACAACAACAACUGGUACAUCACAUUCCAGUCAGACACGGACGCCCAGCAGGCAUACAAAUACUUGAGAGAGGAAGUCAAAACAUUUCAGGGAAAACCCAUCAUGGCACGAAUAAAGGCCAUCAACACAUUCUUUGCAAAGAAUGGCUACCGUAGCAUGGACAGCAGCCUGUAUGCCCAGCAGUCGCAGAACCAGUCCCAGUACAGCUCCCCCCUCUACAUGCAGCAUGUCUAUCCCCAGCAGCAGUACCCCGUCUACGGCAUCGUGCCUCCCGCCUGGCCACCGUCGCCAACUCCCUAUUUCGAAACUCCUCUGGCACCCUUUCCCAACAGCGGCUUUGUGAAUGGAUUCGGCUCCACUGCACACUACAAAACAAGCACCGCUGCUCUUAAUAUCACUCGGCCGUUCAACAGAAACCGAAACCACGUGAAGCCCCAGGUGAGGACCAGUGACGCGUCCCCAUCGUCUGUAACGCCUGUCCCUCUGGAGAGCCUGACCGGACUGCGCAGCCCACAGCCUCCAGCUGCCAUCGCCGUCGCCACUAACCCGGUCCAGGCUACAGCUGACCUGAGCUCAGCCUUCGCACAUCUGUCCUCUUCGUCCUCUUCCUUGGAUCCUAGCGAUGACGGCAGCAUGAGCGGGCGUGGAAGACGGAACACAACCUACAGAGGGACGCGGAGGCGGCGAGAGGAUGAGCGGAUCACGAGGCCCGUGCCGUUAGCCGAGGUCAAGGUUCCCCCGCCCAAGUUCGAUUUGGCUGCCACCAACUUCCCACCUCUUCCCGGCUGUGUGGUCAGCGCGCAGGGAGAGCCGGUGCUGGAAAACCGAAUGUCAGACGUCGUACGCGGCCUGUAUAAAGACAAGACGGAACAAACUAACAAAGAAGCCACUGUGAGUCCGGGUUCGGGCCAAGCCGCAGCCACAGAGGAAGCUGUGGCCGUGGCGACUCCUGCCCAGGCAGCCACAAAAGCCACACCUCAACCACUCGGACCUCAGGGCCCCAGGUAUGCUGGGCUCACUGAUUCCAAGUAUGAGCCAGGGAUAUUUUUGCUUUUCAUCGAAACAUUGGUUCCAGUCUUUAAAUGCUGCGUGUACCUCUUCCGUGACAGUGUGACUCGUCAGGAGAAGAGGGCCGAGCGGAUUGAGCCCCCUGCCCCAAGAGCGGCUCCCCGCACUGCAGCUCAAACUACAGUCAACUCCUCCUCCUCCUCCUCCUCACAGCCUGUGCCUAGCUCCAGGCCUCAACCCCCUGCUGCCUCCACACCGGUGACCCCCAGCACGCCGACCCCUGCCGCUGUCCCGACCCCUGCACAGGAGCCCCGCAAACUCAGCUACGCCGAAGUGUGCCAGCGGCCUCCCAAGGACCCUCCCCCCGCGGCCCCCGCUGCAGCCCCCCCUGCCGCGGCGUCCGGCCAGCCGCUCCGCGAGCUGCGCGUCAACAAGGCGGAGGAGCCGGGCUCCGGCAGCAGCCCCGCAGACAAGCAGGAGAAAGGCCACGACAGGGAGGGGGGGUGGGAGUGCAAGGAGAGCCGGCCGCCACGUGAACGGGACUCUCAAGGUUACUACCGCAGCAACGGCCCACGAGGCCCAGGGGGCCUCAAGUUCCGGGACCAGCGGCGCCCGCCCCCCGCCCGACGCAGCUCCCCCCAGGGAGGCUACAGGCACACCGGCAAAGAGCAGAACAUCCCACCUGUAUCGCCAAAGUAA